CGUGGAUUAAUCAACCAGCGUAUCAGGACAACUUUUUAAACCGACAGGAUCUACACACUUUCGAUAUGUCUAAGCUCAUGCACAAGGUUAAAGACGCAUUCACCGGCGGUCAUCAUGAUCGCAAAUCAAAUACCGGCAAUCCAGAGCCCAAUCCCAACGCUGAGACUUACAGCUCGGGAGACCACGGCCAAUCUGUCACUGGACCCCAUGCCCCUCAUACCGGCGGCAGCAGUGCGAAACCGAGCGCUGACCCUUACACCUCUGGAACGUAUAAGUCGGGGGAAACCCCGGCUGCUUAUGAAGCACACACUAGCGGCUAUGACUCAAAGCCUGUCGGUGGCCGCGAUUCAGGAUCUGGGUAUGGAUAUGGAGCUGGAAAUGACAAUCCUACCAAGGGUGAGUUUGGCUCCGGCAUGACUGGUUCCGAAUCCCAUUCCGGCCCCGGACAUGUUGGUUCUGGUGAUACUGGCGGCAUGCAUCGAGUCGAUUCUGGCAGUUACGCUCACGGGUCUGCGCGAUAUGAUACUCCAAACGUCACUGGGACGUACACAUCAGCUGCAGAAGGCCGGGCUCAACAAAGCUUCGGCGGGGGGGGUGCGGAAGGAGGUAGCAGUUAUAAUACCCCUGGCCAUCACACCAGCGGGCUGGAUACUGCUGCGGAUGAUUACAGCUAUGGAGGCAAGCUCGAUUCAGGUCGAGUGGGCGCCAACAUGAUGGGAUCUAACAUGAUGGCCUCGGAUAAUCUACGUUCGGCUGGCGGGGCUCAGCGGAAUUAUCGGUAGAAAGUCGAACAUGAUAAUUGCUCGUCAGAGUGAUUCACUGUAUUUCUUGGUCAGAGUCACUUCGUGUGACUGGGAGAACCGGACUGUGAGGGGUCUAUCACUUCCGCGUUUGGCUUCAAUGCGUGCUUCUAGUCUAAUUAAUCUCAAUGUUCAUUCUGG